GGAGGAGCAGAGGGGAGAGAGAGAGAGAGAGAGAGAGAGAGAGAGAGAGAGACAAGAGGAACUUGCCGAUUGACGACAGGUGGGCGACGAGCAGAGCUUCUUCUACGGGACAUUUAGUAUGGCCAGAAGGAUGCUGGACACUCGUCUUGUGCCGCCGCCGUCGCCGCCACCGCAGUCGCUGAUUUGGCUGUUGUUGCUGCUGCUGGUGUUGCUAACAGGAACGGCAUUACCCGCUGUAGUUUUGCCGAGGCCUCCGUCACUGCCCAAUUACAUACCGAUAGACUACGUCGCCUCGUCCUUCGACUCCGUCAAGAACUUUGGCGACAAAGGUCUCCAUCAAAGGACCAACGUCGAGAAGCCCGAAACCCAGCAAGAUUAUAGAUUUCUGGAGAUCGAAGUACGCGAUGGGGAGAACGUGGAGAAUUUGGACCUGCACGGGAUCGUACAGGCAGUCCUGGCAAAACAACGGCAAUUGCUCCCUCUAAGUGGUCGUCGCUUCGACGAGGAGGACUACAACAUGACGUAUCCUCCAGCGGAAAUUGUGCCCCGGUCGAUUGUCGGUGUGCACGAGGUCGUCCUCGGUCCCAAUCAGCGCUUCUACGAGUCGGCGACCCUCGAGGCCGAGAGCGAGAGGUCCUUACAGUACCCGAUGAGUUCGCCCCAGUCGGAGAAGAACUUGAGUGACGAGAAGCUCUAUUACCUGAAGAACGGCAGGCCCAAGGUGUACGUGAAUUUCCGCGGCAAGAGCGGCAAUUUCCGGCAGCAGGAUACCCCGACCGGUGCCGACUCACGGUUUACCCUGAGGCUCGAGCCAUCAACUUUUUUAAAAGCCACCCAGCCUUACCACACGGAGAAAAAGACAAAGUCAUCAAAGUCGACCCCGAAGAAAUACGACGCGCGCAUCCACGGCUCGACGACAGAGCACGCGAUGGUGACGUCGAGCGAGCUGCCGAAGCAAAUACCCGCGCCUCCGAGCAGAUUACCCGCGCUUCCUCUCAUCGUCCAGACGACGCCCGUCCAACGAUACAACGCCCGGAGAACGGACAUAUUGCCCGAUGACUCCAUCUCCGAGGCCUGACGGGCCUCAUCCCGACCGAGGGACGAUCGGCUCGCGACUACUGGCCAAACGACUCUCAUUAGCCUAAUGUCCAGCUGCGACUGGCGACGAUCCCAUCGCCGAUGUUGACGCAACAAUUCGUUUUUAUAAUGAACGGACGUGUAUUUGCGGUUACACUGUGAAUCCGUAAUUUCGCGAGCCCACCAAUAUAUAUAUUGUGUACAUAUAAUGCGUAUGCGGGCGUAAUUGAGAGUGUCGCUAUGUGGGAGAAUUCGUUACGUUUUCCAAGGUUCUUAAUGCUUGGUUGAAUAAGCUUGAAAGUGACAAUUCGCUCUUAUCUAAUGGGAAUUCGUCCGACUACUCGACCGUCACUCAUCCCAAUUUAUCGCAAACUGUCCCUCAACAUCGCCC